GUCAGUCUCAGACAUUAGAUACUUUGUAAAGAACUAUAUGUGAAUAAAACACUGGAAUAAGGUGCAAGUUUAGCUGUUAAUCGUGAACUAGUGAGGGAUUAAUAACGUAAAACUUGAGUAAAGAGUGGAAGUAUUAAUAUUUGUGAACUCCGGUCGACAUUGGUGAUAAAGACGUUUACACAGAUCUAUGGUGUUUACCUUUGAAAAAACGCAUGGCGUAAAUAAUGGAUUUAGUCUAGGGAAAGUAAAAAGUGGGCGUGACAAGGUGUUAAUCUGUGUAGGAUUACCGGUCCCCAGCCGAGACAUAAACCACGUGGACAAAAGCAGCGUAAAGCUCCCCACAUCACGUCAAUAGUGUGGCUGACUUGCAGUGUAAAACUCUUUGUGUGUUAACAUGUAGUGCAUGUGACAGUCAGGCUCUACAGCUAGUAAUAAUACUUUAAUUACAUAGGGCUAUCAGCUAAAACCUGUCUUUAAAUAGCCAAAACUGACUAAGUGUGAUCGUAAAAUCUGUCACCGUUGUUGGAGAUCUUCCAAAUCAUUAAAAUUAAACUCUUUAAUGUCUUACCAGAACGGAAGUGGUAAAAUGUCGCUAUUACAUUUUUAAACAGUGCGCUGGAAUUUGAUCCUUGUUAUUUAGAAUUUGGUGUCGAUGAUUGAAAAUCAAAAUUCACACCAACGUGCAAUUCGUGGGAAUAUCUUAGAUCACCUCGGAUUACCUAAUUGGUUUGCAGCAGGCUGAGCUCUGUUUUAUUCUAAAGGCGCUCUUUUCCAGAAACAUCAGAAAAUAGUUAAUUGCUUGCUGGGAUAAUUUGUGCACAUAUUCUCUUCUCGACGAGGUCAGAAUUGUAUUUAAUGAUCUUUUAUUAGGUGAAUGCGUGACUUAUACGAGUUUUGUAGAAACAUCGAAUACAAGUAAACAUACACAAUGAACAAUAGUGUACAGCCAUGAUAAAGCAUGGAGUAUUAUCGUAUAAUAAUCGGUAUAUUGACCUCAGAGAACAUACAGUCGAGACUUGGGAUACUUGAAGUUCGAUUAUUUCGCCAACUAGCCUUUUUUUUAAAUUGAAUUUCUAUUGAUAUAUGAAAUUUUAUUGAUUAACUAUCUGUUAACUGUAGAAAAUUUUGUUGAAGCUGAAAAAUUAUGGAAUUGUGAUCGUAGCCGUGUACUUAUCAGAUAUAUUCGAUAAUGAAACGAUAAAAUCACGAACGUCCAGCUUAUUGUUUGUCCAGAGCAUAAUGACCAUUUGCUAAACUAAAAGUGUUCAAGAAAGACCCAAGUUUCCGAGAUUAUUUGAAUACUUAUUUUAUUGUGCAAGACCCAAAGCUGUGCUUUUGAAUCUUAUAUAUUGUGGAUGGAACUGGUAACUGACAGAAUUGUCUGAAUUUGUGGAUUGACAUUCAAAGGAGAAAUAAAUUUACAUUAUAGCCAAAUGUGGCAUGAUGAUAUGUUGAAAUAUUGACUACAAUUAAUACCGGAUGAUAGAAUCAGAACACACUGCCAAAGCUCAACAAACAAGUUGUAUACGAAUAGUUAAGAUGGAUUUACUGGGAUUAACAUGUAUGUACCUGACAAGUCUUUGGCUGGCAGUCGCAGGUGAGGAUUACCACGAUUUUGAUAUUAAAUCACUGAAAACACAACCCACAUUUGUCGAUACACCUACCAAUGUAACAUUUAAAGCGGGAAAACUGGCCAAAUUAGAUUGUUCGGUUAACAAUCUAGGUACUAAAAAGGUAAUAUGGAGACGAGCUUCAGAUUUUAACCCCUUAACUAUUGGAACGAAAACAUUUGUGGGUAAUUCACGAAUUCUAAUCGAACACACGCCGUUACAAAAAGAAUGGAAUCUGUUGAUCAAAAAAGUCCAGUUAGAUGAUGGAGGCAAAUAUGAAUGUCAAGUCAGUUCGACACAGAGAAAUUUGCGGCGUUUUGUAUAUUUAAAUAUAAUAGGCGAAUACAAGCCAAGUUGGAGAAAACCUACAAUACUGCCCGAGCCAGAUAUUAAAAUCAGUGGUCCAAGUUAUGUAGAGAAAGGUAGUAAAAUCCUGUUGGUGUGUAAUGCUACGGGGGAUGAACAUCCUCCAGAUGAUUUAGACUGGUUCAAAGAUGGUGAUAAACUCAGCACGGAUCAUUCUAAACAAAUAUACAUAAGAAAGCAGGUUUCAUUAGAAUAUAAGACUAUAUCCAGUGUUUUAGAGAUUGAAAAAGCUCAUUUACAUAAUGCUGGAGUUUAUAUCUGUAGAACUUCUGAUUUACAGAUCACCAGAAAGAUAGUUGAUAUCUUAAAUUCUGAUACCUACAAUGUUAAGAGAGGCACGGAUAAAGAUGCAAUAGCUGCUUCACAUGGAAUAUACUCGGGAAAUACAUUUCAUUCACACCGCAAUAAUUCACCCAGGUUAUCUACAAACUCUUUGCACUUCUUUUGUUUCAUAUGUAUCCAAACAGUUUUACAAUUAAUGUUGCAACGUUUUUAUACUUGAGUGUCAAAAGACGUUACGUUUGUGAUGUGUGUGAUUUUGUGAUAGAUGUGAUUACAGUGACGUCAUUACUUCUUGCCAUUUAAUGCUGGUCACGAGGUUAAUCUCCAUUAUCCGAUUCUUCCGAAGCAAUCGCUUCAAUUCAAUAUGGCGGAUUUUAAGAAAUUGGACACGUAAAAUUACAUUUUGAGUACUUUAAUGUACAAAUACAAUAUUAUGUAGCAGGCAAUAGCUGUCAUUAACGACAAAUCCAAUAUGGCCUUUAUGGAAAUCGGUCUGAAAUGUUAGCUAUCAUAUCAUAUUUUCAAAGGCGUAUUAUCAAUAUGAAAUUCUAUAUUCAAUUUGAUAUUCAAAUCCAAUAGUGUGCUACGAUGAUGGAAUUCAAUUUAGUAGUUGUUUGAAUGCCAAGAGACGCUAAGUGCUAAAUAACAAACUCGACCGCUCAGAAGCCGUUUUUAAUAUGUAGAUAAAAAAAAAUAAUGACGACCAAAACUGAAUUUAAUAGUCCAGAGUUGUGUACGUAAAUGGAAAAUAAAAGUAAAUAAAUGGCAAAAAGUUUAAAAUGGGAAUACAAUCUAUGAGUUUUUCUGCUGAACAGAAUGAACAAUACCAGAAAAGCGAGCCAUCAUAUUGACUUUCUAGAAGAAUAGCUGGAGACAAUAGCUUGGAUCAUAGCUUUAAAACUCAACAUAAUUGACGUUUUAAUGUGCAAUGUAAGAGAGUUUGGUAUUCUAUUUUCCACGGCUAUUAUGCCUUUAGGGAUAGAGUGGGAUGCUUUAUAUUCAACCAACGAUCAUCAAGUAGACAAUCCUAUAGUUCUCAUCUUUAACAUCAUCGACGCUAAACAACGUCUUUUUGUUCAGUGGGUUCAGUAAUAACACGAAGUACAUGAUGGAUCGGUGCUGUAUGACGAUGAUGAUUUUUAUGCCACAGCCAAAAGGGACCCAAUAGUGGAAGAAACAGUAAACUGGGUUAUACAUGGCAGUUGAUCACAAAAAAAUGAUGCAUUUAUUAUUUCAUGUAUUUUCUUUUUAUGACUUAGCUAAUAAUAUCUUUGAUGAAUGAACCAUAAUAUGUUUAUAUUUCGUUGUGCAUGUACCAGACAAAUAGCUUCAAGUCUUUUUUUCUACCACAAAAUAAACAAAAAUAAAUUGUGGACAUCAGCUAUUGAUUCUGGCAUAAUAGUGUAUUAAAACGAGACAAUGUUAUUUUCAAUAAAGCAAGCUGUCAAGUUUCGCUAAAUCAGCUAAUUACUCUACGGGAGACGUUCUAGAAGACUUCAUAUAACAUUUUCUUCUUAGCUGCUUGAACAUGGCUUCGUAUAUCAAUUAUUGAGUCCCACGAUCUAAAGGACCUGGCAAAACAGUAUCACUGUUCCUGUAUUCUGUCAGUGUGUGUGCUAAUAGCCGAAGGCAGUGUUGCAGGAUUGUGUUGACAGCGCAAUAUUAUAUUGCACAAGUGAACUAAUGAUACAUUCAACGGGUAAUAGAUGUGUUAAGUGGAAGUAUGACGUAAAUCACACAAAGUGGUGUCGUAGUCUACACCAAAUCGUAGAUCACAAUAAUUUUGAUCGUCUUUUUUUUAAUCUUUUAUUUUUGAUUAUUUAUUCUCGAUUGUUUUGUAUAUAUAUAAUGUAUAAAUAAACUAUUUGCUGUAAUUGUUAUUUGUUAUAUAAUGUAAUU